UCCAAUCACAUAGGUAUCGACAUCUCUUCUGCCAAAUCUGUAAACACUACCUCAUGUUUUAGUUCUUAUCUAUGGGAAACUAUGAGAACUGAACGUAGCCCUUGGGAGGCUUGGAUUGAUUAUGAUUCAAGUUCCCAAAACUUGAGUGUUGUAUUGACUUGUGGUAAUAAAUUUUUUAAUUGUGGGAACUGUACUGUCAACUAUAAUGUUGAUCUCAGGAUAUAUCUUCCAGAAAAGAUCACUGUUGGAUUUUCUUCAUCCACAGGUUAUAAUGCUGAGCUACAUCAGCUCAACUCCUGGGAUUUCAGUUCGAGUUUGGAGAUUUAUAAUUCGAAUAAUUUGGGACCAUCUAUGGGGAUGGUGGUGGGAUUGGCUGUGGGUGGAGCCGUGGCCAUGAUUAUUACUGUCAUGGGUUUGUUUUUGUUUAUCAAGAGGAGAAAGAAACAGCAAAGCAAAGCAGAUGUCGAAAGUGAUGUGAUCUUAGAUGUACCGACGGGACCUAGGGAGUUCACGUUUGCUGAAUUGGCUCGAGCAACAAGGAAUUUUGAUGAGGAACAAAAGCUUGGAGAAGGAGGAUUUGGAGGUGUUUAUAGAGGCUUCUUAAGUGAUCUCAAUAAGGAUAUUGCUGUGAAGAGGAUCUCUAAAGGGUCUAAACAGGGGACAAAGGAAUAUGCUUCAGAGGUGAAGAUCAUUAGUCGAUUGCGGCAUAGGAAGCUUGUGCAACUUAUUGGUUGGUGCCACCAACGGAAAGAGCUACUUCUUGUGUACGAGUUCAUGCCCAAUGGAAGCCUUGAUUUCCAUCUAUUUCAAAACAGGGGUUUUUUGACAUGGGAUUCAAGGUACAAGAUAGCUCUUGACUUAGCCUCUGCAUUACAGUAUUUGCAUGAAGGUUGGGAACAAUGCAUUGUCCACAGGGAUAUUAAAUCCAGUAAUGUAAUUCUAGAUACCCAUUUCAACGCUAAACUUGGGGAUUUUGGUCUGGCUAAGCUUGUGGAACAUGGUAGCAUAGGAGACAUUAAUACAGCAUCACAAACACAAAUAACCAAUGUAGCUGGUACCAUGGGAUACAUGGCGCCUGAAUAUGUUGUUACUGGUCAGGCCACGAAAGAAUCAGAUAUCUAUAGCUUUGGCAUUGUUCUUUUAGAAAUUGCUUGUGGGAGACGGCCCAUUGAGAUUAAGGCUGACCCAAGUGAAAUAAGUUUGGUAAAGUGGGUUUGGGAGCUCUAUGGAACUCAAAAACAUCUUGAAGCUGCUGACCCAAGUCAAGGUAUGGAUUUUGACAAGCGACAAGUAGAGUGUUUGAUGAUUGUUGGGCUAUGGUGUGCUCACCCAGACUACAAACUCAGACCUUCCAUUGAAAAAGCUAUUCAUGUUCUCCAAUUUGAUGCUCCACUGCCCAUUCUACCAUGUAAGAUGUCUAUGCCCACAAAUAAAUCCCCUCUUCCAUUCAAUAUGUCUACAUUCUCGAUUGCAUCUUCCCAACCUUCGUCCAGUAGCAGCACCAUUGAUUCCUGCAAGUUAAACAGGUCAUCAUCUCCUUCAUCUUCUCCCUCUAUAUUCCUCUUGAAUAAUCCACGUUAAGCAGAAAUGUAAAGUCUUAAGUUCAAGAUUG